CAAAAGCCUCUUACUAGUUGCCUCACUUCCCAACAACUCCCCACUUGCAUCCACAACGUGGCAUGACGGAAGGCCUUCCAACAGCGCAGCACACUCAUAUCCUGUACUCCGACAGAAUAGGAUAGACAGCUAAGUGCUGUAGCAUCAUAGAGAAAUAGCUCAGGCAACCUAUCCAUGCGUUCCUCAACGGAUAAGCAAAAGACAACCUAGAAUCGAAUAAAACCGUCGUAUAUUUUGCCGAUCUAUGAUUAUCUCACCCUCCAUAGAGAGCUCCCAUGACCUCAGCGAAGGAGGGUCACAAAAAGAAAGGAAAAACAACGCAGAUCGUCGUAUCUGCAAGCGCCCCGAUCAAACUCCACUAAUGCCGGCGUCCAUCUGAAUGGUCCGAUAAUUGGGAAGCAAACUUUCUGUUAUGGGUGGGGGGUGUACCUGUCUACCUGUGUCCAACCAUGCUUGCUACGGGUGUAACAACCUGCUUUUUGUUAUCCUUGGCUUUCCUUUAUUUUCUUUUUGCUACCCUAGUCAGCAGACGUUUAGUAUCAUGCGUGGCUGCUGGGCGUCAAUGUAUUGGUGGGGGUUCUGAACUGUAUCCUGUCCUUGGGUAGUAUAUAGGCCGUGAUCGGCAGUAUCUUGAGGAUAUAUAAACACCACUUCUACCCUCCCUUGCUUGAGUACCUUGAUAGAAUCAGACAACCACUCUCUCAAAUACCAAACUACUCUACUACUUUCAUUCGAACAAUCCAGUUCAGACCAAUCCCUUCACAACCAUGUCUCCCUGCACCUGCAACUGCUGCUCCGGCGAAUGCAACUCUUGCUCUUGCAGCUCUUGCAAGGUAUGCAUUCACCUAUCUUCCUACUCAUAACCUAGAAAUAAGAUAUAGAAAUUAACAAUUGAACAACAACAGCACUAAAUGCAUCACCCCUGA